AUGACGCUAAAAUGUCGUGACACACCUUGCCACCGCAGGAUACCCUCCUGUACCACCUUGCCACCGCAGGAUACCCUCCUGUACCACCCUGCUACCGGAGGAUACCCUCCUGUACCAACUUGCCACCGCAGGAUACCCUCCUGUACCACCUUGCCACCGCAGGAUACCCUCCUGUACCACCCUGCCACCGGAGGAUACCCUCCUGUACCACCUUGCCACCGCAGGAUACCCUCCUGUACCACCUUGCCACCGGAGGAUACCCUCCUGUACCAACUUGCCACCGCAGGAUACCCUCCUGUACCACCCUGCCACCGGAGGAUACCCUCCUGUACCACCUUGCCACCGGAGGAUACCCUCCUGUACCACCCUGCCACCGCAGGAUACCCUCCUGUACCAACUUGCCACCGCAGGAUACCCUCCUGUACCACCUUGCCACCG